UUCCGGACCUGGUCCCCUGGUCCGCCCUCAUAAGGCUUCCCUCCGUUGCUCUUGCUCUGGGCUCUCUCUCUCUCUCUCUCUCUCGGAGGCAGCCAUGGUGCUCAGCCCUGUCCUUGGGAAGCUGGUUCACAAGAGAGUGGUGCUGGCCAGCGCCUCGCCCCGCAGGCAGGAGAUCCUGACCAACGUGGGUCUUCGAUUCGAAGUUGUUCCUUCUUGGUUCAAAGAGACACUGGAGAAGUCAUGUUUUGCAGCUCCUUAUGAAUAUGCUGUGGAAACUGCAAAACAAAAGGCACUUGAAGUGGCAAAAAGGAUGCAUUUGAAACAUCUUCGAACACCAGAUGUUGUUAUAGGAGCAGACACUAUUGUGACAAUAGAAGACCAGAUUCUAGAGAAACCAGUUGACAAGCAAGAUGCAUAUAAGAUGCUUUCAAGAUUGAGUGGGAAGGAGCACAGUGUCUUCACAGGUGUUGCAAUUGUUCACUGCAGCAAUAAAGAUAAUCAGCUGGAGACUGAAGUCACUGACUUCUACGAAGAAACUAAAGUUAAGUUUGCUGAACUCUCUGAGGAACUCUUAUGGGAAUAUAUUCACAGUGGUGAGCCAAUGGACAAAGCUGGUGGAUAUGGAAUCCAAGCACUUGGGGGAAUGUUAGUGGAAUAUGUUCAUGGAGAUUUCCUGAAUGUGGUAGGAUUUCCUUUGAAUCACUUCUGCAAAAAGUUAGCAGAAUUAUAUUACCCUCCCCUGAAACACAGCAUUCAUCAUAUAAAGCAUGACUCUAUCCCUUCAGUAGAGACUUUUGAGAUCCUAAGUGAUGGGGAAUGUGACUCUUCAAUAAAUAUACAAUGUGAAGAUGCAAAAAAGCUAAAAAGCAGUGGAGUGGUCCACAACCUGGGGAGCUGCAUAAACAACAGUCAUAAUUGCAGUGUGCCUGUGGAAAGUCAGAAUGGAGUAGCAGAAAAUGCAACACAUUUCCCUUCUCAACUUAUGAAUCUCCUGGAUGGUUUCCGGGCAUCAAAGGCUUUGUUUGUGGCCUGUAAGAUGAAAAUAUUUGAUCUUCUCAAAGAAAAGGGCACCAUGAGUCCAGUGGAUAUUGCAAAACAACUUAGUAUCUCUUUGUGUGGUGCAGAAAGAUUACUUGAUGCGUGUACUUCUUUUGACCUGUUGGAAAAGAGCUAUCAAGGUUACAGCAAUACGGAACUGACAAAUCUAUAUCUGGUAUCGAGCAGUAAAUACUCUCUUCAUGACUAUGUUCUACAUUGUAAUGAGCGCAUGUGGCCUCUGUAUACACAUUUGGAAUUAGCAGUCAAAGAGGGGACUUCACAGAAUCAUCGUGCAUUUGGGAAGAAAACCGAUGAUUUGUUUCAGGAUUUCUAUUAUCAAUCCACGGAGAUGAAGCAGCAUUUUAUGAGGGCAAUGCACAGCAUUUCCAAGCUGACAGCAAGAGAUUUAAGCACAGCAUUUGAUCUUUCAAAAUUCCAAGUUGUAUGUGAUUUGGGAGGUUGCACUGGAGCUUUAGCUUAUGAGCUAGUCUGUAUCUACCCAGCAAUGCAAGUCACAGUGUUUGACCUUCCAGAUGUCAUCGCAAGUGUUUCCAGCUUUCAGCCUUCAGGGCAAAACACUAAUCAAGUAUCUUUCACAUCAGGUGACUUCUUUAAAGAUAAUCUUCCAGAAGCAGAUCUUUAUAUUCUUUCAAGAAUCCUACAUGACUGUUCUGAAGAAAAGAUUCAUACACUUUUAAGUAAAGUAUCUGCUAUUUGCAAGCCUGGAAGUGCUUUGUUAGUAGCAGAAAUUGUGCUCAAUGAGAAAGGAACAAGCCCUGCUAGAGGCGUCUUACAGUCCCUCAGCAUGACAGAAGGAAAGCAGAGAAGUAGCUUGGAAUACAAAGAGUUACUGGAGAAACACGGAUUCACCAGUGUGCAGAUUAAGAUCACAGGAAACCUGUUAGAUGCAAUUUUGUGCAUUAAGAAAUCAUCUGUCCACUAAACUAGUUCUCAUUUGACUGUAUUGAGUAUUUUCAUUUUAGUACUGCCCAUCAGCCAGAAUUCAUAUGGAUGUUUCUGUUUCUGUUUUGGGUGUCUGUAAUCAUUAAAUUUUAAUGACUGUUUGCUUAGUUUGUGAGCUGUCUAUAAAACAGUUUGAUGAUUAAAACAGUAUUUUAAAAAUGC